GUUUGUGUCUGCGCCCUCCCAUCUCAACAGGUUAUGAGCCCCGCGCUCUAGUCUUUACCCGAAAACCCCCCAGACCUCUCAGAACUCGCUUUUUCCUCCAGAAAAACCUAUUCUCUCAUUCUCAAAAAAAUUUCACUCGAUCGAUCGGUCUUAUCUGCACCAUCCACCACUCAUCAUGUCUUCCCUCCCCUCCUAUGCUGUCACUAUCUUCCAGCAGUCGGAGAAGCUGCGAGGCGAGGCCAACUGGCACUCGUUUGCAGAGGCUUUCAUCGACUUCUGCACUGGCGUUGGUGCUGACCACAUUGUGGAUAACUCUUCGCUCGAUUCGUCCAAGAAAGCGCUGGACAACGCCAUUGGGUAUGUCCUCUCUGGGAUGCUGGAGAAGGAUGUGAAGGAUGGGGUGCCAGGGAAACGUGGUGGCCAGGAGCUGUACAAGGCGCUGAAGGCGAAGUACACUGCCUCGACCAGGGCCCGGCGCGUUGCUGCACGCAAAGCGUUUUACCAAUGCUCUCAUGACUUCCCCACCCAGUCGCUUGAGCAGUUCAUCGUCGAGGUGCGGGCCAAGGCGCAGGUCCUGAAGGAUAUGGGUAUCACCAUCUCGGACACCGAGAUUCUGGACGUCAUCCUCAUGAACGUCCACCAUGCCUUCAUCGCCACUACCACCAUUCUCCUCGCGCAGACCACCGAGCCCAAGCUCGACGACGCUAUCUCCACCCUGACGUCUUCCCCUGCACUCAACGUUGACGUCGUCAAGAAGGAGGAGUACUCUCCCAGCCCGCUGCUGGCCGCAAAUGCGGCACGAGGGUCGCGCACACCACGGCAUCCUGAUGGUCAUCAGGCUGACCUGACUGGAGGAUGGGUGGACGACAAGGGCUACCGCUGGUGCAACGUCAACGGUGACGCCUGCCAUCGGUGCGGGCGUGCAGGUCAUAUCGCCGCCUUCUGCAUGUACAACAUGCCCGAGGCCAUCCGGCAGAAGAUUUCGGACCGCGCGCAUCUCAACGCGAACAUGGUCAGUUCGCUCGCGGUCAUGGAGGCAGAGGGCGAACACCAGCACCUCGCCCAGUCGGCUUAUGGUGUGUACACUAUCCCAGCUCGUCGCUCGCCCUCCCCCGCUGCCUCUCGCUCGCCAUCCCUGCCGCUGCCGUCUGCCGAUGACGCCGACGAUGAUGCCUUCGACUUUUCCGGUGCCGGUGGAUCGUGGGGAGGAGUCUCUAGGCUCUACACGUGAUGGUAGGAUUUGGCUGGUUAGGUGGGAGUUGCUGGAUUAGGUGGGAGUCUCUCUGCGGUCCGGCGCACAGGUGGGAGUGUUGGAGUUGGUGUGCUUGGACCGUCCCAAAGGGGAUACUUACCUAUAGUCACGUAUCACGCUGUCACUUAACCUUGUCUUUGACCGUCAUCUUGUGGUCUGUUGUUUGUGUCUGCGCCCUCCCAUCU